AUGCCUUUCUCAAGGCUCAGCAAGGAAGGCAUGGAUCACUGGUCUGAGUAUCCUCUGGACACUCCGUAUAAUGUCCGGCAGUGGCAGCAAGCUUGCAUUGGCCACUACCACGAAGCCGCUGGCCCGGAGAGCCCGGAAGUUCAUUCGGAGCAUGACGCUCCUCGAGAGCCGAAAAAGCGACGGCUAGAGAUUCACGAUACGCGAAGCUUCUUCCCUGGGAAUAUACAACAGGGCGUUGAGUCCCAGGAUACAUCUGAAAGUUGCAAAAAGGAUGAACAAGCGACGUCGAGGCCAAUAUACCAGCCAGCUACGCAGAAACCUUCAUCAGAAGUCCAGGAAUAUCAACAAACUCUCAGACGAGCUCUGAUGGAACCUUCCAGCUCCCUUAGUUUGGACAAUGGGGCAAAUAUUUAUCCCGACACACCCCAGGCCAUCUAUACCCCAACUUCAUGGACCGGAGCACCGUCUCUCAAUUUCCAACGACAGUUUCUUUGGUGA